AAUUACAAAAACGCACCCCCGUUUCUUUUUCCUCGCACCUUCUCUCUGCUCUUCCACUCCGCUUCCCCAAAAAUAUCCCCGCCUAGGGUUUCCUCCGGCUGCUAGGGUCCGGCGAUCCGCUGCCGCCGCUGCCGUCGAUUCGAGGGUUUGCGGAAUCGGAUACCUGCACCCGAGUCAGAUUUCGACACACGCACCUGUGCCCCGUACAGGAGAUCAUGGAGAGUAGUUCAGAUGUACAAAUGUCAAAUUGUGCUGGAGGUUCGGAGACUACAAUCGAGAUCAAAAUUAAGACCUUGGAUUCUCAAACAUACAAUUUGCGUGUGAAUAAAUGUGUGCCAGUUCCUCUGUUAAAGGAAAAAAUUGCUACUUUAACUGGAAUAUUGUCUGAACAGCAGCGCCUGAUUUGUCGCGGGAGAGUCUUAAAGGAUGAUGAACUCCUGUCUGCAUAUCAUGUUGAAGAUGGCCAUACAUUGCAUCUUGUUGUUAGACAACCAGGCCAGUCAGCUACAUCAGGAAAUUCAGGAACUGAAGCUAACACAUCAAAUUCUGGUAGCCAUCGCAGUCCCACAGUGGCUCGAAGUAUUGUACUUGAGGCUGUCAAUGUGGAUCGUGGCAGCAGUGAACUCCCAGCUUUUGCUGCCCAGAUUAUCCAAAGCCUGCUUGGACCGUUCAGCACACAAUCUUCGGGUGCACCAGCACCUUCUGACACCAGACCUUCAGAGGCUACACAAUCUUCUAUCCCAAAUAAUGUAAGAGUUGAACUUGACCAACAACAGGUUCCUCUACUUUUCCAGUCUGAACCGGCACAUGGGUCAUCACAGCCAAAUGUCAUCCCUGAUGCCUUGACAACUAUUUCUCAGUUCAUUGACUAUAUGAGGGACUCAUUUAGGAGGGAAGGCUUUAAUCAAAAUGGACAAACAGAGGGUAAUAUGGAACACAGAACUGCAGGAAGUACUAGUGUUGGUGGUACUCAAAAUCAGGAAAGCCAGCCUGAUUCAGCUUCCACACUUGGGCUUCCUACUGCAGCAUUGCUAGCCGAAACUAUGCACUCUACUAAACAAAUUGUUGAGCAGGCUGGAGCAUUGCUAUCUCAACUAUCAACUCAGUUGGGAGAUCUUGUGAAUGUAACUGAUUCUGCAACACGGAGGAACCUUCAGAGUAGUGCGAUGCGCUCGGGUGUUCUCCUCCAGAACCUUGGUUCUUUGCUUCUAGAACUUGGUCGCACCACAAUGAUGCUACGUAUCAAUCCUGCAUCUUCAGAAGCGGUUGUAAACUCUGGACCAGCUCUUUACAUAUCUCCAUCUGGGCCAAAUCCUCUUAUGGUUCAACCUGUUCCAUUUUUUCCAGGAAGGUCUGUCCAAAUGGGUCCAGUAUUUUCUAGUCUUAAUUCACAAGGCUCUGUGCUACACCCAAGAGAUGUUGAGAUCCAUGUCCACACAAGUGGGUCUGUGCCUGUAGCCAGUACCAACCCAAGUGAACCGGCUGGUGCACAACAAGCACAGCAACAUACAAAUAGGGCAGGAGAUGCUUCACACGCAAAUUUUGGUGAAGCAUUUACAGGGGUUGCAAGUGUUGCUCCUUUUUCUGUUGAGUCUGGAGUUAGACUGUUGCCACUUAGACCAGUGGUUGCCAUGCCUGCUGGCAUCAGUCGUGCUCUGUCAGGGUCCUCUAGUGGAGUUGGUAUUAUCUAUCCACUGGUCACCAGAAUUCAACAAAGAGCAAACACUAAUGGUAGUGAUGAACGAAAUGGUCAAUCUCCAACUGAACCUGCUCGCAGUAGCACCCAUCCUAACCAGCAACCGAUUCCUCAGUCAUCUCAAGCUCGCGAAGCAGGUAAUCUGGGAUCUCCAAUUGAUGUCAAUGUGGGAAGUAUCUCUGAUGCCUCACCUGGGCAGCAGAAUGGCCUGGGUCCUUUUUCUCAUUUAAUGGACAGUCUCCAUAAUUUAUUUUCUGGAUCACUGUUCUCUGGGGAAAAUGGCCGAGCAAAUGGCACAAGUCAGCAAGCACCAAUGACUUAUGCUGAGCAGGGAGAUGCUAGAAAUCGUGGAACACCCGAAGUGUCAGUAGUCAGUGAGGAGGGGCUACGCUUUGCUAACAUGGUCCAACAAAUUAUGCCAUUUAUCUCCCAAAUUGAAACACAGCAUCAAAGUGCCCCACCAGACAGUAGCAGCAUUCCUUUACAGGCUGCAUCUGAGAGCUCAAACAGAGCAAGGGAUGGUCCAAGUGAUUCCAGGAAUUCCCACCAACAUAACCGUGACCGAAUUGAUGAGCCUAAUUCUAAAAGGCAAAGAACAAGUGACUGAUUCAAAACUGCCUGUGAGCCGAUAAUUUUCCCAGUUCUUGCUAUCCCAGAGAUGAAUUAUCAUAUUGGGAGGUGAGACAAAUGGAUUUAAUGGUCGUAUAUAGUUGGCAUCGAGGACAUCGGAGGCUCCUAUCCUGUAUCUUGUUAACUAUUAUUUUCGAGAGCACAAAUACCAUACAUGCUGGCAUCCCAUCUCCAGAAUCUGUAGAAGUUUAAUUUAUUCGGGGUGGACCGAUUUGUGCAAUGAAUCAAGCCUGCUUUGGUGGUUCUUGCCGUAGCAUGUGGAUGUCUUUUGCCAUCAAUAAUAUCGUUAUGAAAUGUACAGUUGAAGUUUCCAUGGUGUAUUGUCAUUGGCUGUUUUUAAUGUGAUAUUGAUUUUGUAGCAAUUGAUAACAUAUUGUGAGAGAAAGUAAGGUCAAAGUUUAUUUUU